GAGACCGAAAAAGUGGUCCGCCAGCUACACAUUUCUUCCUUAAAAGUACAGGUCUUCCAAACAUGAACGAGGGACAGUUUGGUUGCUAGCUCCGGAGCGAUCGUGUGGUUCUGUUCGGUGUGCGCGAACUAUUCGCAUAGAGAAAUGUUCCCUGAAACGCUGGUUUUUGCCCUGGCCCUGCUCAUCACGGGCGCGAUACUGUUUCUGCUGAUCUACUUCCUGAUUAUACUGUCCGAUUUGGAAUGCGAUUACCUCAACGCUCAGCAGUGCUGCUCGAAGCUCAACUUUUGGUCCAUCCCGAAGCUGGCCGGCCACGGGUUCCUGGCCUUCCUGCUGCUCAUGCACGGCAACUGGAUUCUCUGUCUGCUGAACCUUCCGAUGAUCGGAUGGCUGGUGUACGAGCAGUACAAGGUGCCGGCCGGUAACAUUGGCGUGUACGAUCCGGCCGAGAUCCACAACCGUGGGAUGGUGAAGAAACACCUACGGGACACCAUGAUCGGACUGGGGUUUUAUUUGAUUAUCUUCUUCAUCUAUCUGUACUGUAUGAUAAUUGCCUUAUUGAAAGGCGAUCCAAUAAAGCGUCACGAGGAAGAGGAAAUCAUAACGGAGUUCUAGGCGCUUCAAGGAGCUGGUUUUCGAAGACGACUAAAUUCGAUACGGACGACCCGUAUCGUAAACUGCUCAAUGCCUCUAGCCCCUCUUCCGUAGCAUGUAGCGCCAGCAAUGACAUUUUUCUAGUAGCCGAGCAUAAGAACGUUAGCCAAAGAUUUUCCGAAGUUUUAAGCUUA